CCUUUUCCUCCCCUUCAUGGCAAACGGUUACGGCUUCGGCAGCGGCCGCUGGCUUUCCGCUUCGUGAAUCCCGCCCGGCGGGCUGGUAAUUAACCGACGCGUUGUGAAAAGUCGCCGGGAACGGAGGGAUUAAGAUAGCUCGGGCCAUUUGAAGUGAGAGCAAGUCAUUGUUAAAAGGUCAUUGAAAAUAAUUUUUAAAGGCUUGUUACGCUAGAUCAUCAUAGCCCAUGAUCUUGCAGAAAUGUCUCUAGUUUCUGUUGGGAGUAAGCCAUACGGAGAAAACGAGACGUCAGGAACGGUAAUGUAUUUACAAAUUACUUCUGCUGGUAGCUUUAAAAAAAAAAAAAGGAUUUAUUUUUCAAUACAUCUAACAUUAUAAAUGUGGUAUUUUUUUAAUCUUUAAAUUGGACUAUCCAUUGGUUAUUGUAAUUACUAGAAUUUAUGAGAAUUUGCCACCUUUCUCUUGUCAACCAUGCCUGCCCUCAAUAAUUCCCCAGCUGUAGCGGAGAGUGAGAAAUCCGUCUGAAAUUCCUGCAGAGCAUGCUUGGUCCGUGUUGUCUUACUUCGGUUUUAAACUUGAGCAGUUUUAUCUGUAAGCAAAAUCUCAGGCUCGGUUGUCUGCAGCUGUGACCUUGGAAGGAAACGAAAGUAUUUCCCUGGAAGGAGUUCCUGACCUGGCCUUGCUCCCUGCCUCGUACGCCGUGUUGGAAGGGAAAAAACUGCCGGCAAGUAAAGGCUGGAAGCGGUGGAGAACCUGUCCUGGCGUAGCUGGAAGCUCUGCAACUGCACCACGUCGGAGCAAAAGCACCAGCUCAGCUUCCAGACCUGGCUGCUUCAACCUCGUUACUUUGGGCAAGAAACAUGCUUCAGAACUUGUGGUACAGAUUUCUGAAGGUCACUGACGCACUUCUGCAAAGUAGUUAUUGCCUGGUUCCAGUUAGCGUCACGUAUGUGAGAAUACUAAAAUGGAUAUUUUUGUUUCUCCUCGUAUUUUUUGGCGUAACAAUGUGGUACCUGACGUUUUCUCCCAACACUGUGAUUGAGCACACAAACCUCAUGUUUUUCUAUGAAUACGAGCCGAUUUACAAGCAACGCCACCUCUUCACAUUGCGGGAGCGCUUGAAAUGCGAAGACGUAAAUCCCUUUCUAGUCAUCUUGGUGUCGUCAAGUCCUAAGAACGUGGAGUCGAGGCAGGCCAUCAGGAUAACAUGGGGAUCUCAAAACUUCUGGUGGGGACACCGAAUUCUAACCCUGUUCUUACUAGGUCAGGACACUCGAAGAGAAGGCAACGCUGCAGCACUGUCGGUAGAAGACGAAAGCAUCCUCUAUGGUGACAUAAUUCGCCAAGACUUUAUGGACACGUACGAGAAUCUCACCCUGAAAACGAUCAUGGCGUUUAGGUGGGCCGCGGAGUUCUGCUCAAAUGCUAGAUUCCUCAUGAAGACCGAUGACGAUGUCUUCAUCAACACUGCUAACUUGGUGAAGUUUCUCCUGAAGCUAAAUUCCUCAGAAAAUGUUUUUACGGGUUAUCCUCUUACAGGAUACUUGGGAAUAUGCUGUCCUGUCUUGCUCCACGUGGCCUGCUGUAACCACGGGAUUUCCACCCGAGUCUUCUGGAAUGUAUGAAAUGUCACCGAGGAAAUGAUGUUUAUGCCAAGAAAUGGGCUUUGAAGACGCUUCCCAAAUGCCUACCUGGAUUUUUUUUAAUUGUUUUUGCAACUGCACCGUCCUUUGCCACCCUCCAGCAUUUUUCCUCUGCCCAGCACGAAAAUUCUUUCAACGUAUCCCCUCCGCAACCACCCUGAGAGUGUUCCACCUUCUUACGUAGACGUAUUGCCUCCGUAACCCUUCCGAGAGCGUGGCAAGCCUGUGGGUCUCGUGGCGUCUGCAGAAGCCGAUAGGAAAUUCUGAAAACGUGAGGCACUGCGCAUGCGUCUGGCUGUAUCUAUAUGUGCAUACAACAGGGUUGCUGUGGUGUCUUUGGCAACGUUCACGGAGUACGAGAGGGCGAGAUGCAGUAGAGUUCAUGUGCACUUCAGUUACCAGGCAUCUCUAAGACGUUGGGAUAAUCGACACCCACGUCUACACACACGUAGGUCUGUGUACCGACGCAUCCCGAGGGUUUCGGAACCGCGCAGGGAAGAUGAAAACAGAUGCGUUCCUAUUGUUUUUAGAAACGGAUAUAAAGUCUUUCCUCAGAUUUUAAAAUGAAAAAAGUAAGAAAUUCUAGGAUUUGUAUUUUUUAAGACAAACUCUGCUGUAUCUGUGGAGAUGGAUAUUUUAAUCACUUUAUUCAUAUCAGCAAGGCCAAGUUUUCAGUAGUUUACACUUCUAAUAGACAACAACACAGAAUUUGCAAUUGCAUUAACAUAAUUAUUCUUGCCACAUCCACUACACAGUGAAGAUACCAUAGUUACGUCCUGUACACCUGGAAUGACAGAGCACUGCCACCGGAUCCGUGCUACAGCUGAGAUGUUAUGGUGUAUUUACAUUUGGCUGUCUUUCAGGUCGUCUCUUAGAGACAAAUUACAAGAGGUGCACGAACCUCUGGUACCAAGUUUGAGGUUUCACCGGGUGUUUUGUGACAUCGUGAUCAUGGUCAGCAUUGAACUUUGCUGCCUUUUCAACACAUGGGGUUUUUUGAUGGAAUUAUGGGACGUGUUAUUUUUUUAGAUAUAAAAAUGAAGUCUUGGGGAGAAUGCUCUCUAGAGAAGUAUUUCAGAUGUCGGUGUUCUAAGAAGGUACGUUAAGAAGGUCAACAUUUUUCAGAAAAAUAGAUUUUUUUUUUGUUACACUGAAUAGCUAAAGAUACAAUAUUGCAUAACUGAGGGAAGAAUGAAUGCUAUUUUAUUUCUAGAGACAGAGGUGAAACUACAGCUGUUCCUAUGGUUUUAGGAUCUGUUAUGUGAUGGUUGUAGCAGUGUGGUCAGGUCCCGAGAACUCCUUGAGAAAUGUUUAACUUGUUUUUCGAUUGUUUAUACAGCUUACAAAAAGCCCUCAGGUGUUUUUUUUUUAUAAGCCUCCUAUGUUAAAUAUUUGGAAAUAAACUAUUUGCCACAAGGACUACAGCACAGUCUGUCAUGAAAGACGAUGCAAUCUUCAGAAAGUGGCUAAAGCAGGGAGUGCUCCCGUUGAGAGUAAGAAUCAAGCACCGCAGAGAACCAGCUGCGCGGGACCGCGACAAAAACGCAACUGUCGCCCAGCAAGGGGUUUUCUGUGCUUGUGCCCCAGAACGGUAACGCUGAUCACAGAUUGCAAGGCUUUUGCUUUCACAAACGUAGGUUUAUGCACAGUGAUCUGUUUAUGCCACCUGAAGUCGUAACCUAAAGCCACAUCAGUUCUGCAAGGAAUUUACACUGUAAAAUAUUCCUGUUCCUGUUUUUUUUUUUUUUAAAAAAACCCUCAUUUCCAGAUCUGGUUUGUAUUUGAGUCUGACCGUAUUGCUUGCAAGACCAUAAAAAUUCAUCACUAAGCUGAUGUUUCUGCUUAAAGCAAAUAUCAGGCAAGUUUCUAGUGGGGGCAGCCAGGCAAGAGGUUAGAAAAGCUUAAGAUUGUAAAGUAAUGGAAGCACUGAAGUCAGUGGUGGGCCCAAAUUUUAUUGCAUCUGCCUACAUAAAACCAAAGCCUAAACCACAGGCUAAGACUUCCUCAAACGCUAAGGUUCUUCUCACGCUGGCAAGUGGCUCAGAAAGCCACAAGAAUUCAGAAUGCCAAGGACUUGUGGGGCUGGCUGUGGCUCAAAAGGCCCAGUAAUGAUCCAUUGGCCACAGAUGCUUGGGAACUACGCUGGUGUCCUGGUUUCGGCUGGGAUAGAGUUAAUUUUCUUCAUAGUAGCCAGCAUAGUGCUGUGGUUUGGAUUU